AUGCCAAAAAUCAUCCCAAUCUCCAUUUCCUAAACUUCUACUUCCUUUAAAAUAAUAAUCAUAAGAAUGAACAACACUAAAUUCCCAAUAGAAUUAAUAAAAAAGAAGGUGCAAGAUAAUACUAUUUCCUAUAAAUUUAAGUGGAACAAUGGAACCAUCUCAAUUGAACCCAUGAGUCAAUUGACACCUUAAUUGUUAGAACUUGUGCAUCAAUAUGAACUGAACUAAUACUAUGAAACCCAGAAGAAGGUGAAACUAAAUCAAACAGAAACCUUCACUUCAAGUUAAUUCCCUACUCUUCCAUAAAAAGAUGCCACAGAAAUCAACCAAAUAUCUUUGCUCAAAAUGUAAGAGACGCCUAAGUCAAUUCAGAAGGUUCCAGGUGAGUCUUUCUAGCAAAGUAAUAACCAAACUAAUGCAGUUUUACCUUAAGAUAUUAUACCAUAAACUCUAGAAUCUAAACUUAAUUAAUACUUGCUAUAGAAAUUUACGAUACAACCUCAUCUACCAAGACAGAAUAAAGAGUGUACAAUUUUGAGCAUUAAAAGAUUUAAUGGGGAUAUCAACUUUUUGAUAAAAGAUGAAUAUACUAAAUGGGUAAAAUUGGAGGAUAUGAAAAAAGAUUCUCCAAUCACCUUGUGUGAUUAUCUAUUGUCUAAAGUGAGAUUCAGAUGA